AUGUUGCACGGCUUCAACAUUCUGCGACAGCAGUACUCGCAGCUGUCCAAGCCAGGCGGGGCCAAUCAGUCUGCCAUCAACACCAUCCAGACUCUGGCUGAUCGUCUAUCCAAAGCGGACGAGAACCAGCUCUCCGUUGAAGACCGCAGGGCUGCCGUACUCGCUCUCAAGGGCCUCAGUAGGGAUCACAACCGUGCCGUCGGCCAACAUGCCCUUCCGGCCUUGCUCACAUCUCUCCAGCGCGAUGCUAAGGAUGAAGACAUUGCGAGGGCUUUGAUCGAAUGCUGUAUCACUCUGUGUGAGGUGCCAUCGCCAGACGCUGCUCAUGCUUCAUCUAGCAACCAACAACAGCAAGCUCAGAACAAACGCAAGCAGCAAGAGCAAGGUCCGCCUUCUGGGCUUCUGCAUACCGACAUCUUCCUCCAAGAGCCAGGUCCGCUUCAUUGCCUGUUACCUCUUUUGGCUCCCGACCGUGCCUUCUACACCCGAUUCGCCUCGCUCCAGCUCCUCGGCUCCUUGCUCCGCAAUCGACCGCACAGAGUUCAGGAUCACGUCUUGGUAGCUCCCGGUGGAUGUGGUGCCAUUCUCGAAUGUCUCGCAGAAGGCGCUGGCUCGUCGGCAGAGAUCGUUCGCAACGAAGCCCUUCUUCUCCUUCCACAUCUCGUCUAUGGCAACGCCGAUAUCCAGAAACUCGUCGCAUUUGAAGGUGCAUUCGAAAAGCUCCUUGAUGUAUGUGCCGCCGAAGGCAGGAUCGAAGGCGGUGUCAUCGUUCAAGACGCUCUCGAAGGCCUCGAGGCUCUGUUGCGCUACAACGUUUCCAACCAGAACUACUUCCGUGAGACGUUCUCCAUCCCCAUGCUGGCACCCUUGCUCUUUUAUCCCCCGACCCCAGCCAACAACGAGUUCCCCUCCAAGCACGCCGAACACGAGUAUGCGCGUCAGCUCGAAGCCUUUUGCUUUCAGGACUGGGAUCAUCAAAAGGUCAUCAACGCCAAGAUCGUCCUUGAUAUCACUGCUCUGCUCAUCGGUGGCCAGGGUGAAGGUCGCCGCGCCAACCAAAAUGCGCUGCUGCAAUGUGGCAUGACCAAAUGCCUUCUCGACCUUUCUCUCGGUUCCACCGCGCCCGCUUCACUCAAAGCACAGGCGCUGCACGUCUCGGCCUCGCUCAUGCAGGCUUCCAGAGCCAACCAGGAUCUUCUUUCCACCUUGCUCGUUCAACCUGUUCAAGUCGUCGACGCUGUCAAGCAGGACGCGGAGCCUGGUAACGACGGAGAGCAGCAACAGCCGCCUCAAGAUCCGGCUUACACUGCUGCUACUGGUCCUACAGAACCCUCCUUCACCCGUGCAGAGCCCAGACCGGCGGUAGUGAGUCUUGUCGAGACUGCCAUCGGCACUUCGCGCGCCAAGGGAGGGCUUGGCUUGAGAGGUGCUGCCAUCACUUGCUUCCGCGCUUACGUCGCUGACAACAUGGACGCGCGUAUCGCCAUCAUCAACGGAAUGGCUCCACCAGCGGCAGCAGCGGAAGGAGCAGCGGCAGACGAUGCGCCCACCUCUCCCGCUGGCAAGAUUCUCUUUGAGAGCAUCACUCAAAGCCCUUCGACGCAUGCCACGACAGAGAAUGCCGAUGCGUACAAGCAUCUCGUCUCUGCUAUGCUGUUCUCGUACCUUGUCCGCUCGAGUGAGACGGCCAAGGCGGCUGCUCGCGCCAUCGCUAUCAACCCGGAUGGCACCGUCAUCAAGCACGUUCGAGCUGAAAAGGAGGGCGAUGUCGAAGACGAUGACGAAGAUGACGACGCGCCGUCGUCGCUGAUCCAGGUCAUUGUCGGCAACUUGACCUUGUCCGAACGGGAGCUCGCUGAUGCAGUGCGCAAGGAGCGCGCCUCCGCCAUGGGUGCCACUGUCUCGUCCACCUCCUACUCGGCCGCCGACUGGACACGCAUCAUGGUCGGCUACCUCGUCCUUCUCUCCGUGUGGCUGCAUGACUCGCCGCUUAGCGUACGCGACUUUUUGUCCGAAUCCGCUACGCUGCAAGCUGUCAUCCAACCCGUCGCUCAAUCUUGGGGCGUCGACCCGCUCAUCCAAGGCCUCGCUGCCUUCUUGCUGGGUGUAGCGUACGAGUUUGACACUGAUCCGGGCAAGGCGGCUGUGACAAGAGCUACGAUCCACCCCAUCUUGCAUUCGAGGAUCGGGGCAGAUCAGUUUGCGGUGCGCAUCAACCGGAUUGCCGAGGAUGUGCGGUUCCGUGAGGUGACGCCGGACGUGCUCGAGAAGCUGAUUUCGGUGGAAGAGCAGGCCGAAGCGGAUGAGUUGCGAGCUAAGCAGAUUGCAGAAGCUAAAGCGGCUGCCGCUGCCGCUGCUGCUGCUGCCAAAGCUGCCGCCGCCGCCAAAGCCGCCUCCUCGGAUCCGUCGUCCACUGCAUCUGCUGCCGGCGCGGAUGCCACGACACCAGAAGACAAGGAUAAAGCCGACGAAGAAGCUCAGGACAAGGAUCUCGAGGUGAACGGUCUGGGCCAUCUCUCGAAACGUCGCCGUGCCGGGCUGUGGUUCGAUUGGAGCUUUGUCGAAUUCUGGCGUGCCAAUUCGACACUCAUCGCCAAAUCUAUCACAGUCGAUCCUGCUUCCUCCUCCGCCGCCCAGGCCGCCUUGCCUGCGGAACUGCUCGACGCCCAACGUCAGGCUGAAGCCCUCAGGGACACAGUCAGCAAGCAAACACGCGAGAUUGAAGUUCUGGAAAAACGAGUGGAGGAGCUCACUGAGACGCACGCGAAACAGGUUGCUGAGCUGCAGUCGCAAUUAGGUGCAGCACAGGAAGCGGUGGAAACCCACGCGCCACAGCUCGAAGCCGCCCGCACGGAGUUGGAACAGAUCAAAUCUAGCCACACUUCGGCGUUGGCUGAUUUGCAGACCAAGCACGACGAUCUGCAGAAGCUGUUGGGUGAGGCGCAGGCGAGGGAGGAGGAGAGUAACGGCAAAGUGCUUCAGUUGACGUCGGAGAUGGCGCGUAUCUCGGCGGGCAAACCGUCGCAAAAGGAGUUUGGCGCGCUGCAGAAGGCUCAUGACGAGUUGAAGAAGAAGCAUGACGAGCUCGUCGCCGCUACUGCCUCCAAUGGCGAGAGCGGAGGCGGCAGUGCGGUCAAGGAUCUGAUGGAGGCUCGAGAGCUUGCUAACCAGCGCGCUGACCAGAUUGCACAGCUUGAGGAGAAGGUCGCUAGCCUCGAGAAAGCCGCGUCCUCUACCACCGCUACCACCGCUACCGCUGAAGGAGAUGACACCAAAGAGCUGCAGCUGAAACUCGAAGCACUGGAAGCAGAGAAGGCCUCGCUCGAAUCGCAAGCCGCUCUGCUUCCGGGCGUUAAAGCUGAACUCGAAGCAGCCACUGCCCAACUCGCCUCGCUCGCCACCCUGACGCAAGCCAAGACAGACCUCGAAACCAAGGUCGCCGCCCUGGAAAGCGAGAUCUCCGCAUCCAAGGCUACAUCCGCCACAGCCGGCGCGGAGAACGCCGCACAACUCGAAACUGCGACUGCAGCCAAGCAGGACUUGGAGGAGAAGCUCCGCAAGCUGGAAGCGGUUGAAAAGGAGAAGUCGCAACUGGAGGGUAAAGUCAAGGAGCUGUCCAAGGUAGCUGACGAAAAGAAAGCGUUGGAAGCCAAAGUGAAGACGAUGGACAAGCUGCAGUCGGACAAAAAGUCGCUCGAGACCAAACUCAAGGACUUGGAAAAGCUGACCAAGGAGAACAAGGAACUCUCGUCCAAGGUGCAACAACUCGAUGCCGUGCGCAAAGAAAAGUCCGAACUACAGGGCAAGCUCUCGCAGCUCUCCAAACUCGAAGCGGACAAAAAGGCGGCGGAAGACCAGCUGUCCGCCCUCAAGCAAUUGCACGACAAGGAGACCGCGGAACUCAAAGCCAAGCUCGCCACGCUCGAAAAGGAGGCCUCCGCCGCCGCUGCCACCAAGGGCAAAGCCGCAAAAGGCGCCAAGGGAGGCAAAGACGACAAGCCCGCCGAGCUGGAAAAGCUGCAAAAGGAAAAGGAUGAGAUCAGCAAGGAGAACGAAGACCUACUGGUACUGCUCGAGGAACUUACCCAGAAGCGCAAAGCCGACAAGGCCAAGUUGAGGGCCAAGGGCGAAGAUGUCAGCGAUGACGAUGACGAUGAUGACGACGACGACGAGGAAGAAAACGACGAUGUUGACUAG